AUGGCCGGUUCAAUCGUUAACAUGAAAACAAAACACUACAAUCAGAAAAGUUUUACAUAUGUUCCACCAACACCGCCUGCAGAGCUCAUCGACUGUAGCAAUUUCAUUCUCGACUUCACCGAGCGUAAAUUUUUGAAUGUAGGACUUGAUCCUGCAGAUAAAUUUAACACCAUAGUACAAGUCAUCACUUCUUCGAGAUAUGUAAAUAUAUCAUCUGAUUUUCUAAGACGUAUAUUCUCACUUAUGGGGAACAUUCUAUCUUUUAUACUCGACCUACCUCAAAAAUACAAGCGAAAUAUAUUUCUGGAAACAGAAAUUAUUUCACUAUCUAGUAUGGUGUAUAAAGGGGAAAAUAUGCUUGUCAUCGAAUCAAAAACACAAGCCGGAUGUCGAGUAUUGCUAAAUCGUACAGAUUUAAUGAAAUUGCAAUAUUUAGAAUGGUGCAUAUUUGAAACAGUCGUUCGAAAGUCAACCAUCAUACGGCCAGUUGUCUUAAAACAAUUCGAUAUGUUUUUGAACUAUAUCGAUGAUGAAUCCACCAAAGUUGAUUCACCACCGAAAACACCUGAAGAAAUGGUCACAUUUAUCAAAAAUGUACGUGACGAAAGUGUAAUUUCAAAAAUUCCAAAAAAUGAUGUCAAUUUCAUCAGUCAACUCAAAAUGUAUGCUUCUUCACAAUUAGCUGAACAUUGGGCGCAACGAUUGAGCGGAAAAAUGUCUCCAGAGUUAUUCACUGAAUCCGAAGUGAGACUCAUUUCACCUCCAAGAUACUCGAGUAUGUCUCCAAUGUAUGAUGAUUUUGACCCUUCGCAGGCACAAGCAACUGACGAGGAUCGUGGUAUUGAAGAAUUUUUAGCACAGGUGACACGGGCACCAACCAAGUCAUUGCCUAUUGAUGAUCCUGAGAGUCUACCACCGGCGAUCAUAGACAAUCAUUCUACAGGAAAUGAUUCGGACAAUUUUACGCAAUACCCCCCAUGGUAUAAUAACCGCAUAAAAUCCCCACCAACAAGCCUCGCAGUUGAUGAGAACGACGGUCCAACGUCUUUUAACCACUCGCCAUCAAUUCUCGACUUCACAGGCGGCAUGCCCAUGAAAAAACGGAAUGUAAAACGCAAACUUUUUUGA